AUGUCAAGCGAACCUCCCAAAGUCCUACGUAUCAAAAGGAAAAGAAACCAGGACCCCUUGCAAGCGCUUAUUCUUGAAGAUACCCGUUCCGUCAAGCGGUCCAAGCCAUCGACACCGUCAACGUCUCCGCGCCCUUCGCCACUCCAUACCCCGCGUCAUCUUCGAUCAACAGAAAACCUCAACUACUUGUUCAAACUAUCGCGGACCGAGGAUGGGCUAAACGAGGACGAGAUGAUCAAAAGCAGCAUCCUUGCAGAAUCGAAACAACGGUCCGAAGAAGAACGACGCAACUUUGUCAUCCCUCCCGACUCCAGCAAAACUCCCCCCGAGGAAAGCAGAAGCGUCAACUUGCCCAAUGAACUAGCAAACUUGGUGGAGGACUACAUCACCUCCGAUGUGGCCACACCCAAACAGCGCAAGAGGCGCGGCAUCCGCUCCAGUCUGCAGCAAUCACCACCGUUGCCCCCGGCAUCUCAAGAUGGGAACACGCUGCUAAUACAAAACAUGGCUAGCACCGGUCCGCUCGAUGGUGGUGAUGAUAAUGAUGAUGAUGAAUAUGUGUUUGACGUCUACCACCUCUCUGCGCAGCCAAUGACCUCGGCGAACCACCCUACCUCCCAGAUUGGGUUCAUUCGCUUUUUCGACGACGACGAGGCCAUGCAGUCGGGCUUGCUCUUGAAUGACGACCACGAGGACGCCCAGCAGAAGCCGAGCGUGUUGACGGACGACGAGGACCUGAACGCCGAGCUGUUCUAUCAGAAUGACUACCCCAGCGACGAGGACGUGGAGGGUCUAGAAGAACUACAGUAUGAAGAGGACGGGUUCGAGGCGCAAUUCGAUCGAUUAAAAAUCGGCUAUCGAGACGAUGAUGAUGAUGAAAAUAGGGACGACGAUGAAGUAGAUGAGUACGGAGCGUAUGAGCCGCGUGAAGGCGUUGGCAUCCAGGACGAGGAGUAUUUCGACCACGAGGAAAUGGAGCGAUAUUUGACCUUGGGCGGUGACCGCGAAGGCGACGAUGGUGAUGACGAAGGAGAAGGUGAAGGUGAAGACGAUGAAGACGAUAGCAGCGGACAGCGGAACAUCUUUUUCGCUAGCGAUGAACACGAUCCCGUCGCCAUACACCGAGAUCGGAUCUUUGGAAAGUUGGAGAAAAUGCUCAGAGAAGAUAAUGCCGACUGA